AUGGGUGGUUUUUUACUUUUAGUAGGAAACAAAUCUACUAUUGUGGGCAAGCUGGGUGGUUGGUUCGAGUGGUCUCUUCCUUUUGCCGCAGAGAGCAAUUGGGUCCAUCUCUUGUUUGCUCUAACCCUGCAGCAAAUUUCAACGUUUCUCCUGUUUACUUGGCUGACGAUUAACUGCGUCAGCAGAAGUUCGGAGGAGGAAGAUUUGCAGCUUAAAACAGGGAGUGCGGAACAAAGGGAGGAGAAGUUUGAAAAGACUGCGGAAAAGAAGAAAAUGAGCUCUGUAUUACUAAAAGGAAAUAAAAGUGGUGAAACGCUUCAAUCAAAACAACAAUCUAUUUCGAAAGCAUCUGCAGCAGCGAAGGUCAGCACUGAGGACAAGACACAGUUUGAUGAUGAUGCAGAUAAGACACAGAUUGAUGAGGCUGAUAAGUAUAAUGUUCAACCUGCUGUCAAAGUUUCUGCCGAAAAAUGGAUUCCAUAUCCAGUGGUAAAAGAGCUGACAAAAUCCGAGAAAAAGCGCAAAGCAGAGUUAUUGGAAAAGGAUAAACAGAAAAAGAUAGCAGAAGGAUUUUACCAGCCAAGGUCUGACCUUGACGACACCCUUGAUCAAGUAAAAAGUCUCGAUAUGGAACGAUCAGAAGCUAGAUUCAGCUGGCUCAGAGGAAUACGUGUGUUCAUCACUGUACUUUGGCUUCUCAACCGAUGGAAUCGUGCAAAAUUAAACAAACUAUUCUAUGAUCUUUUCGCUCGAAUGAUGAUCUAA